AUGGCUUCCUCUAUCCCCGGCCCAGUUCCCCUUCCCCUGUCUAAAUAUGACUUAGGUACAUACUUUGGUAGAGUGAGACAUUGCGCCGAUAUCUCUGACCCUAGCAUGUUACUCAAUACGCCAAAGGACAUUGAGCAUGCUAAAAGAACCAUUUGGGAUUUCCGGAAUGGUGUCAGCUCACAGUUGACCCCGGAAUUCUGGCGCCUGAAGAAGAUCUUGGACUCAACCUUGCACCCAGACACUGGCGAGACCGUGUUCUUGCCUUUCAGAAUGUCUUCUUGCGUUCUCUCCAAUUUAGUCAUUACAGCUGGUAUGCUUACACCUGGUCUUGGAACCGCAGGCACGUUGUUCUGGCAAAUUGCCAACCAGUCGCUCAAUGUGGCCAUUAAUAUCUCCAACGCCAAUAAAUCCCACCCAUUGUCGACCAGCCAGAUCGCUAAGAAUUAUGCUUUAGCCGUUUCUGCUUCCUGUUCUGUUGCUCUUGGACUUAAUGCCAUUGUUCCUCGUUUGAAGAACGUCCUGGCUGGCACAAAAUUGAUCAUGGGGCGCUUGGUUCCAUUCGCUGCCGUUGUUUCUGCAGGUGUCACCAACGUUUUUCUUAUGAGAAGCGAGGAGCUCAAAAAGGGUAUUUCUGUUUAUGAUAAAGAUGGCAAUGACUUGGGCUCAUCUAAAGUGGCCGCUUUCCAUGCUGUGGGCGAGACUGCUGCCAGUAGAGUUAUAAACGCGACACCUAUUAUGGUUAUUCCUCCAUUAAUUUUGGUCAGAUUGCAGAAGCUGCGUUUUCUUAAGGGAAAGUCGAAGUUAUUUGAGACGUGCGUUAACAUCGGCUUGAUUUUUGCUACCUCUUUGGUUGCCUUGCCAUUCGCUUUGGCAGUGUUCCCUCAAAGAAGAACAAUCAGCACUUCUCUGUUGGAGUCGCAAUUCCAGUCUCUCAAAGACAAAAAAGGCAAUGAAAUCACUGAGGUCGAAUUCAACAGAGGAAUUUGA